UACAUAUUCUCUCUUCCAUUCGAAAGCAGCAGGACUUAGCCUAUCCUGAUCCCUCUCAGCUCCCUUCUCCUCCCCUUUCUGAUCUUCAUGUCUUCAUUUGAUCUCAACCAAGCUUCCUCCAUAGAGGAGGAAGAACAUGAUCUCUGCGUCCCCAACCACCUCUUCACUGCCCUCUACCAUCGCUCAUCGGAUUACAGUUGCAUCACCUUUGAUCGCCACCAGCAGCACGAGCACAAGGAAAUCUUGUUCAUGGAUGGAUCGAGCUGCAAUGAUGAUCGCGGCUCGAUUGCACCGGAUCCUGCUAACGAGAGCCAUGGCAACGAUCUCAAGCUCUCGCUUUGCGAUCCGUUGGGUAGUUUAAAGCGAGAGGAGGAGGAGGAGGAGGAGGAGGAAGAGGCGUCGGUCGUUAGGGAGGGCAACUGGGUGCCCUCCAAGAUGCGGUUCAUGCGCAAGAUGAUGAAGUAUUCAGCUCAUAUGAUAGUGAGCAAACCGAGCGAUCUUAGCCAAGAAGCGAUCCAACCAGUUCGAGGGUUUCCCAUCCGGACAAGUAGCACAGCUGCUCAUAAAAAUAACAACAACACGGACAGCAACUCAACCUCUCCGAGUGGGAUCAUCAGAGUCUGCAGCGACUGUAACACCACAAAGACGCCUCUCUGGAGAAGCGGCCCUCGCGGCCCCAAGUCCUUGUGCAACGCUUGCGGUAUACGUCAAAGGAAAGCGAGGCGGGCAAUGGCUGCGGCGCUACAUGGAGGAGUAGGACUUACCGGCGGCGGCGGCGGCCAUGCCACGGCCGUGGUGGCAAACAAAGCUAGGAAGGAAACCAAAUUGGGCAUCGAUCGAACCGAUCUCCCAUUCAAGAAGCGGUGCAAGGUGAACAUUACUGCUUCUCCUCCUCGCCCUCCUCCCAAGAAGCUUUGUUUUGAUGAUGCAGCGCUGAAAGCCACCAACAAGCAUAACAACUCCACUGUGAUCAAGAAGGUCUUCCCGCAAGAGGAGAGAGAUGCAGCAGUGUUGUUGAUGGCCUUAUCCUGUGGCAUCAUCCGCAGUUGAUCGAUCAGACUUAAGGUGCUCCUUUCUACUUAAUUUGAAUUUGUUUGAGUUGUUCUCUAAUUAUAAAAAUGAAGUCGAUCGAGGAUAUAUAUAAUAUGAGCUACCUAGUGUUGAUUGUUAUUUAAGCAAGUAUGUAACUUUGCUGAGUGAGGAAUUAAUAAACCUUUGGAACAAAUAAACUUUUAAUUUGGGAGUGCUGUUAUUGGAUUUUA